GCAGUGAUCAGGCAGGGAAGGAAAGAGCGGGCGAACCAGCUAGAGAACGAGAGAUCGUUAACCCAAGAGCCAGAGCCAGAGCCGGACCUGGGGCUGGAGCCGUAGCUGCUGAAGCCAUAGUCUCCGGAGCAGGUGCAGUCAAGGAGCAAGGACUCCCGCCCCACCACGGGCUGCCCCCCAAGAUGCCUGGCAUCAUGGUGAUCCUGGCGUGGUGUUUCCUACAAGUGGACAGCCGACGCGCGGAGGUGCUCACCGGCCACAACAAUGGCAAUUUCUUGGACAGUGACAAAUGGCUGAGCACCGUCUCCCAAUACGACAGGGACAAGUACUGGAACAGAUUCCGAGAUGAUGAUUAUUUCAGAAACUGGAAUCCAAACAAACCCUUUGACCAAGCUCUAGACCCAUCCAAAGAUCCCUGCUUGAAUGUGAAGUGCAGUCCCCAUAAAGUGUGUGUAACUCAUGACUACCAGACAGCUGUGUGUGUGAGCCGAAAGCAGCUGAUGCAGAGUCUUAGGCAAAAGAAGGGGAACAUGGCCCACAAACACUGGACUGGAACUUCAAAUGUAGUCAAGUGCAAACCUUGCACAGCUUCUGCACACACCACCCUUGUUUGCGGCUCUGAUGGUCACACCUAUACCUCCAAGUGCAAACUGGAGUUCCAUUCUUGUUCCUCUGGAAAAGGCUUCACGACCCAGUGUGAGGGACCCUGUCCAUGCCUCACAGAGCCAGAACCUCCCAAGCACAAGACAGAGAAGAACAGCUGCACAGACAAGGAGUUGAGGAAUCUUGCUUCCCGGCUAAAAGAUUGGUUUGGAACUCUUCAUGAGGAUGCGAAUCAUGUCAUCAAGCCCACUAGCUCAGACCCAGCACAAAGCAGGUUUGACACCAGCAUUCUGCCUAUCUGCAAGGACUCCCUGGGAUGGAUGUUCAACAAAUUAGACAUGAAUUAUGAUCUCUUGCUUGACCACUCAGAGAUCAAUGCCAUUUACCUUGACAAGUAUGAACCAUGCCUCAAACCCCUCUUCAAUUCUUGUGACUCUUUCAAAGAUGGGAAACUCUCAAACAAUGAAUGGUGCUAUUGCUUUCAGAAGCCAGGAGGUCUCCCUUGCCAGAAUGAAAUGAACAGGAUUCAGAAGCUAAGCAAGGGGAAAAGCCUGUUGGGGACAUUCAUUCCCCGCUGCAAUGAUGAAGGGUACUACAAAGCCACUCAGUGUCAUGGGAGCACAGGACAGUGCUGGUGUGUGGAUAAGUAUGGGAAUGAGCUGGCCGGCUCUAGGAAGCAAGGAGCUGUGAACUGUGAAGAAGAACAAGAAACCUCGGGAGAUUUUGGCAGUGGGGGUGCUGUGGUUCUCCUGGAUGAUCUGGAAGAAGAACACGGAGGAGCAAGAAAGGACAAAGAUGGGAAACUGAAAAUUCAUGUGAGGGCAACGAAUGAAGAUGAUGAAGAUGAAGAUGAUGACAAGGAGGAUGAGGUUGGCUAUAUAUGGUAGUCCCCUCAGGACAAAGGACGUGUGUUUUGCACAAUAUCACAAGUCCGUCACAACUCAAUAAUUGUAUCUAAAACCAUUAGGCACAAAAUGUCUCCUCUCCACGGUUCUAUUCUGUACCCUGUGUAUGAUUUGGAAGACAGCUUUCCUUCUUUCCCAAGUAUGGCUAUUUUGGGGAUGUGGAUGUUUUUUUCUUUGGGCUAGGGGACAACUGGCUUCACUUAAACAAAGUCUCAUGCUCCUGGCUUCCCUUCUUCCCUUCAGGAGGAUUUCUCUCAACAAUUAUGUAGUUUAUGUGAAAUUCUGACUGGGGAGGGAGCCAGGUCCUCUGGAUGAAAAAAAAAAUGAACCCUGUCUUGUUUGUCCGCACUGGUAGUUCAUUAUGGCACAUUUUUUUUUCCCUAGACGUGCUUGCAAUGGCUGGCUGCUUUUCUUGUGUAUUGAAGAUGAUAUGGGGAAAAAUGAAAUGCCUCAUUGGAAUCUUCCCUCUUGCCUCCUCUCCCCCCCCCAAAAAAAACCCCUGAUAUUUAUCAUUAAAAAUUGAUUCUCCUGUGCAUAGCUACUUCUGGCUUUCUAAAAACAAUGGCCUUAAUUCUGCCAAGAGCCCCUUUGGGGAGCCAUUCUCUUUGCUAUAGAAUGGUUGCCAGAUGCCUGUCUCUCUCUAUAUUUAUGUAUGUAUAUAUAUAUCUAUAUCUAUG